AUAAUCACUGGCUGCUUAGACAAAAGCUUGAUUGCGCUAUUUGUUCCCUUAUAAGAAAGGCAAAUGUGUACUAUUAUUGUAAGAAUACUGCAGGAAACGUGCGGGCCCCAGCUCUGGAAAGGCAGUAUUGCUGAAGAUCUGACAAACUCUCAUAAUGUCAUUGAGUUAUUUUUGUUUUAGCCCUGAGCCUACAAAAGAAGAGUGCUAAGCUGACAAAGAGCUGCUGAAAUUUAUUUAAUACUGUCACAUUUCGCUGUUGGGAUUUACAAUUAUCUUGAAGACAGCCAUAAUGGCAGAAGAAUUACAGGUCCCUGAAUAUAAUGGAAAUGUGCAGACUGAAAUAAUCCCAGUGCAGAUAACUGAUGUCAUAGAUGAAAUGGACACAUCUGUUUUAUGCGAAACGCGUGAUUGUGAUCCAGUAUUUACAAGCAAAUGUACAGAGGAACCUGGUAUCCAUCUAGUGGACACAGCUGUUACUCCAAUUAUGGAUGUACAUAAGGAAGAGAUAGAAGAAGAGCUAAAGGGAGAAACAGGUCCAGAGUCGAUAUCCCUAACAGAAUGUGAAGCACAGGAAGAAGGAGAAUGUGAAUCGAUAUUAGAAACGGACAGUGAGUGUGCUCCAGCAGGUACAUUUAUUGAUAAAGAAGACUUAAAUGAACAAGACAAAGACCAACAAGACAAAGAUCAACAAGACAAAGAACAAGAGGGAGUUGAAACAGAAACCCCAGAAGAUAUCUUGCUGUAUAACCAAAGGAAGCACCUGGCUGAUACUAGUGCAGAAGAUAUGCUGAUUGAGACAGAAGAAGAAAACACAUCCAUUGAAACCGACAACGAAAAUGAGGAUGGGUCAUAUGACGAGCAAGAAUAUAGAUCCCAUUCAGUUAGUCCAGGUGGCAGCCAUAUUGAAUCAAAGGAAGAUCAGUCAGUGUCAGGAAACAGGCCUGAUAUUUCCAGGCACAGCUAUUCCAGAUAUGAUACUGUAUCAUACCGCAAGAUCAGGAGAGGAAACACAAAGCAGAGGAUUGAUGAGUUUGAGUCGAUGAUGAAUUUGUAAUCUUAGUGCAGCCAACAUUCCUGACUGGAAGUUUAAGGCAUAAUAGGCCAAACGGUUCCGGUAUGAAUGGUCGACCAUGUUAUGGUCGACAGUCAUUAGGUCGACCACUAUUGGUCGACAUUGACAUGGUCGACAUGGACACAUGGUCGACACAUGAAAAUGGUCGACACAUGAAAGGUCGACACAUGAAAAGGUCGACAUGAGUUUUUUAACUUUUUUUGGUGUAGUUUUUUGCGUAAAGUGACUGGGAACCCCAAUUAGUGCACCGCGUCCCCUCGCAUGGCUCGCUUCGCUCGCCAUGCUUCAGGCAUGGUGCCUUCACUCCGCUACCGCUUCGCUCGGCACAGAUUACCAUUCCAAUCGUAGUCCACGUGGAUCGUAAAGUAUGGAAAAGUUCCCCAAAAGAAAGAAAAGUUAAAAAACUCAUGUCGACCUUUUCAUGUGUUGACCAUUUUCAUGUGUCGACCAUGUGUCCACGUCGACCAUCUCAAUGUUGACCAAUAUUGGUCGACCUAAUGACUGUCGACCAUAACAUGGUCGACCAUGUGAACGGAUACCAGGCCAAACAGUACCUGAUCUUCCCAGCACAGCCACAUUCAUCCAAACCGAAACCAUUUCAGGGAGACCCAACCCCUAUCUGACUGGCCACCUCCAUUUAUACAAAAAAUAAGGGACUCUCCUAUAGAUAUCUGGACUGUUGGCAGGUAGAAUUCAAGAUUUAUUACACAACUAUUAGUUUGACAUUUUACUUUCCGUUGGCCUAUGUAAACAUAGCAGAUUAACUCAAGUUCCAAUUCAUAGUAAUUAUAACAUUUUUAGCAUUGGUUUAGUGGUUGAACUUACUUCCUGUUUCCUUCCUACACCAUUUAGCUGUAGAAAAGUAUUAUAAUACCACUAUGACAUCUAUGCAAUUCUAACACUACAUGAGAAAAGUGGAUUCCCAUUCCUAUGUAAAACUACAUUCUGAGGUAACAGUUUACAUAUAUAUUUUCUCAUAGCAUAAGCCUAUCACUGUGAUAUGUGAUUAAAAUAAAAUUAAAAUUAAAAUGUCGGGCAUAAUUUGGAU